AUGGGCGAACCUAUACCCGCACUACCAAGUUCUUCGCUGUCCAGUGCGCACGUCAAUGGAAACGCGGCAACGGCAAACGGAGUCGCACUCAAUGGCAGAGAUUCACCCGCUGAAAGCUCUGAGCGACUUCAAAUCGUCAACGACGAGAAGCAGUUCACUCAAGAGCUGACCCCACAACUUGAGCGGUGGGGUCUGAGAGAUGUAGGAUUCAAUUACAAUAUUGUUGCUGUGUUCGGUUCGCAAUCCACGGGCAAAAGUACAUUAUUGAACCGGCUAUUCGGAACGACUUUUGAUGUUAUGGACGAAACGCAACGCCAACAAACUACGAAAGGAAUAUGGAUGUGUCGUGGUAAGGGCACAAGCAUCAUGGUCAUGGAUGUGGAGGGUACGGACGGACGGGAGCGAGGUGAAGACCAGGAUUUUGAACGGAAGUCCGCGCUUUUCUCCCUGGCUUCUUCUGAAGUCAUGAUCGUCAACUUGUGGGAGCACCAAGUCGGCCUCUAUCAGGGAGCCAACAUGGGUUUGCUAAAGACAGUCUUUGAAGUCAAUCUUGGCCUUUUCGGCAAGAAACCCCAAGACGGCACUUCGGGGCGUACGCUGUUGCUCUUCGUCAUCCGUGACCAUAUCGGAGUGACCCCGCUUGCCAACCUGCAAACGACGCUCACCGCCGACAUGAACCGGAUCUGGGAUAGCCUGUCCAAGCCUGCUGAGCUACAAGAUAAACAUUUGUCCGACUACUUCGACCUUGCAUUCACCACGCUUCCUCACAAGAUUCUUGCGGCGGACAAGUUCGAAGCUGAGGUGCGCCAGCUGCGCACGCGCUUCACGGAUAAGGACCGCGAGGAUUACCUCUUCAAACCUGUUUACCACAAGAGAAUCCCGGCUGACGGGGUUGCGUUUUACAUGGAAAACAUCUGGGAGCAAGUCCAGACAAACAAGGAUCUCGACUUGCCCACUCAGCAAGAGCUCCUCGCUCAGUUCCGUUGUGACGAGAUUGCAUCAGUUGCCAUUGCCGAGUUCAAUGAGCAAUCAAAGUCGCAGCGCAAGCCCAUCGAGGUGGGACGUGUCGUAGAAGGAUUGGGUGGUUUGAUGCGGAAUUGGAAGACGCAGGCUUUGACUCGGUACGACCGUGACGCGUCACGAUACCACCAGGGUGUUUACAAAAGAAAACGCGCUGACCUGGUUGCAGUCCUCGACUCGACAUUGUCGCCCCUCUUCCUCGGCCAGCUGAAGAAUUUGCACAAGGCUUGUCUAUCCGCGUUCAAGAAGGAGUUGCUUGAGGGCCUCCGAGGCGAGGACUACAGCUUCGCAGACGUGAUGAACAAGGCAAGGGAGAAGUGCGAAACCCGGUUCACGCAGGGUGCGCAGGAGGCGCUUCUUGAAGACACGGACUGGACAUCGGAGGAAGAGCUCGUGCUUUUGCAGGAGGAAGUCGCGAAUGUUGGAGAUCAGUGUAGGAAAGACGAGACGAAGAAGAUGGUCAACUUGAUCGAGCGUAACUUCAAGCGUCAAAUUUCGGAGCCAGUGGACUUGGCCCUCAAUAAGGCAUCAGCAGACAUGUGGGACAAGGUGUUGUCAACUUUCAGGGAAACGCUGGAGAAGGCCGAGUCCAAUUAUCUCACCAAAGCCAGGAGCUUUAACUGCACCGAGGAGGAGAAUGAGGCGGCAUUGGCGACGCUUCGAAAGCGUGCUUGGCUAGCACUGCGGGCAAAGGUCGAUGAACAAACAGCCGAUACCGCCAUCCUUGGCAAGCUGAGGUCACACUUCGAAGAGAGCUUCCGCUACGACGAACAUGGCGUGCCUCGCGUUUGGAAGCCCGAUGAUGACAUUGACGGCGCUUUCAAGAAGGCUAAGGAGGAGACGCUCGAGCUCGUGCCUCGCUAUUCUAAGAUAGCUCCGCUUGAACCCUCUCUUGAAAUUUCCCUCCCUUCCGAGUCUCCCGACCCGCUCACCUCGACGGAUGAGUUCGACUUCCCAUCGACACUCGUCAUCUUCAGCGAGACCAAGUCGCUAGACCUUAUAGCGCGCUUCCGCCGCGACGCGGAUGCGUAUUACGUCGAGGCGAAGCGCAGUACCGUGUCGAGUAUCGCGCAAAUCCCGUAUUGGAUGUAUGGCGUCCUUGUCGUGCUUGGCUGGAAUGAGGCCAUGGCUGUUCUCUUCAACCCUCUAUACUUCACGUUCUUGCUCAUCUGCUUGGCAACUGCAUACGCCAUUAUCCAACUCGGACUCACGGGUCCGCUGCUCACUCUGUCAAGAACGAUAUUAACCGAGAUGCAAAGCCAGGCUGCCGCUCGCCUCCGGGAGCACUUCUCUGAGCCAGUUCUUACCGAGCCAAUUCGUGCCGCCACCAAUGGCACUAGCCCUAGCACCCCCAGGGUCAAGCGGGAGAUUGAUGGCGCUGAGGAUGCAGAGCUAUUCCGCCGCGCGAGUCCCAUGUAG